GCUCACCGGCCCCGGGGAACCGAGAUGUCCUCUUGAGAGAAAACCAGAAAGUGGUCGUCGGCUCGGGGAGAGUCCCCGCUUCUGGCUGAGGGAGUGAUCUCUGGUCGCUCACAGGAACGCAGGUGGGGUUGCAGGAAGUUGAAAGGGAAGUGAGGACCAGACCUCAGACCCCGGAGGGAUACCAGCACGUACCCCCUGAUUUCCGCCCGCCGCUGAGGCUUUUGCGCAUCGUAACCGCAGAGAAGCAGAUACGAGGUUCAUGUCCGCACGACAGAGAAACGGGGAGACUCGCACCAGCGACGAAAUCGCGGGGACGCCUCAGGCUCAGGGCUGCCUGGUCUGGAUGGCUGUGUGAUGACGAUGGAAGUAAACCAAGCAGUUGGAGGAUGUCCCCCCAAAUUCGGUCUGUGGGGUCCGCAAGAGACGAUUGGACGGCUAAAGAAGGAGGCCCUGCCGCUCUCCACGACGGCCAGGUUGUGGGCUGAGGCAGAACCGGAUGGUGGAAGCAACCCCGGUGCCCAUCCAUGGAUGAAAGGGUGAACAGGCACAGGGGAUGCACACGGUGGAAUAUUACACAGCCAGGAAAAAGAGUCACAUUCUCGCACAGGCUACAGUGUGAACACAUGAUGCUUGGUGAGAGAAGCCAGACAGAAUUGAAUAAAAAAUGUCCCAAACAGCCAAAUCCACAGAGACAGGAAGAAGAUCAGUCAUCUCCAAGGGCUGGGGGGAGGAGAAAAUGAGGAAUGGGGCACCACGGGUCUCUUUUGGGGACACAACAACAUCCUGGAUCUACAAAAUCACUCCACACAGAAAAAUGUACUUGAUACUCCUGAACUGUUCACUUACAAAUGGAUAAUUUGAUGCGAUGCCAAUUUUGCCAGAAUUAAAAAUAAAAUAAAAAACAGUUGCAAGCAGCUCAUCGAACAAGAACUUCCUGGAGAAACGCAUGACAUCGAAAAUGAGAAGGCACAUUCUGACGACCUGGAUAAACGGUAGCAUGAUCUGCUCGUUAGGCACAGGUACGGACAGUUCUUCCCUUGACUUACUGAAUGUGUUUUCUCUUUCUUCACAGAACCCACCAAGAAACCAGGCUCAGACGUCUACCCGAAGCCGAAGCCGCCGUACCCCCCUCAGCCCGGAAGUCCCGACAGCGGGGGAAACAUCUACCCCCGGCCGAAGCCCGUGCCCCCUCGGCCGCAGCCUGGCUACCCUGAGGGUGGAGGUUACAUCAGUGACCGGGACCUGGACGACGGCCGCUACCCGCCCCAGCCCCGGCCCAGGCCGCCGGCAGGCGGCGGCGGCUACAACCCCGGUCAUGACGGCUACGGAUCCCACGAUGGCAGUGGACACACCACCUACGGCGACAGCGACGAACCGGAGAACGUCUGAGGCUGUCCGGGUGCACCCGCCGCGCUGGGAACAGGACGCCCACGAGACUCCCGUCCUCCACGCCUGUGGAGAACCCCUCUCAUUCUCGGCCUCAUUCACAAACCUGGACGUGUUUUUGUCUCCCCUGUUUGACGUGCAACCUCCUGACCCAGAACCUCCCCUUCCUAGGACAGGCUGUUCCCACCUGUCACGUACACAGCUGGCCAGGGGGGCCCCAAGGUGGCCGGCCUGUGCUCAUGGCAUCCUUCACGUGGACACAGAUUUGUGAUCCGUUCUGAGCUGUGACUCUACCUCCUUCUGCGGCGAUUACGCGCGAGGAUUCAGCCUCGUGGGCGCUCUGAUAAACGCAGUGUCAGCGCAGUGGCCCUGGAUCUUGGGCGGGGACGUCACCGUCUCUGGGAGACAGAGGGUACCUUUGGUGUCUCCGACAAGCCACGGUGGGAUGUCGGCCCACAAUGCCUCGUGGUCCGGUUACGUGCGGGACCGUGGUCGGAAAUGCGUUGCGGGGAACUGGACUGAGUGUUGGGAAACACCGAGGACAGAAACCGGCCUCCUCUUCGGCUCCUGCUCCCCGGGACCCAGACCUCGUCCCAUCCGCACAACGCCAGCCUGGGUGUGGGAUUCCAAGAGCGAAACCGCUCACGGGGAAACCGUCUCGAAGACGCGGUGUGGGGGUGCGUGUUCCCGUGAAAUACCCCGCUUUCCCGUCUGUUGGGGAAUGACCACGGGACAGAGCUCUCGGUUUUGCAGGUGCUGAGACCUUCCGUGUUAUUUUUCGUCUUGGAUACUCUGUGGGUACCCGUGUUCAGGUGACGCCAUGGCUUUGCUUCAUUUAUACUUUUUCUUUGCGCUGGCGUAGAAAAUCUUACAUCGCCCACUGUAAAAAAAAAACACAAAAAAAACAAAAACAAAACAACCCUAUUAGCUGUUAGCUCGUAUUAGUAACAUUUUAGAGGGGACAUACGGGGUGAUAUCGGCAGGUCUGUCUCGCUGGACUCGAUGGAGAUGAUACUUACAGGACUUUUCAAUGUGGCCACGAAUAUCAGAAGCAACAGUGGGCACAUCCGUGGAGAUUUGCUCAGGAGAGCCCCCCCAAAUCCCAAAUACGUAGGCUUCCAUAUGGGUUGUGGGCUAGGUCUCCAAAGAGAGAGGCUUGGAAACAGAAACUCUCUUUAAAAAAAACAACAAAC